AACCCUGAUGCCUGCGUCUUUCUCUGUCGCGUUCGACCAAAUUGCCGAAACAAUUGGCAAAGCCUCAUUGCUCAGCCGUUUCACACCGUGCUACAACGGCGACUAUGUUCAAUCUAUCGGCCCCGCACGCCAACAGUAUCUGUGGUAGACAGUGCUUAUCGCAGGCUGUACCCUGAAGAAAGUUCUACGCUAGAUCGGCUGAUUGUUACCGAGCCUAGCUAUCCAUCUGACGGUAGCAUUAAACGCAUCUACAGUGGGCGAAAACGUGGACAGCUGGAAUGGCCGCCCAAGAUCCGGUGCCAAUUCGAGUGGGUCAGCACGCUCCAGGAAAUCCAACAGCUUUAUAGCAGCACCGCAGAGCCUACUACCUUUGAACGGAGGGCUCGGGUGCCAGUCAAUCAGUAACAUCGGCAUCAAUUUGCAUGUCAUGGCUCCUGGGUACCGGUUGGGUGUUGAUGUCGGCGGUACUUUCACAGACGUCUGCGUCAUUACACCGAACGGAGAGGCGGUACGAACGAAAGUUCUCACGAACACGACCGACCAGUCAAUUGGCGUCCAAAACGGAGUCGCGCAGGCCCGUAAGAUCUUGAAUGAGAAGUACGACUGGAACGGCAAAUUCGAGUACAUACACCAUGGCACCACGACGGGCACGAACGCGGUGCUCGAGGGCAAGGGCGCGAAAUGCGGCCUGAUCGUGACAAAGGGACACAAGGAUAUAUUGACCGUGCGGAGGAGUCAAAUACCGGGUGGACUGGGCGCAUGGAUAAAUUACAUACAGCCAGAGCCCCUAGUACCGCCGGAGCGGACUGUGGAGGUCAAGGAGCGCAUCAAGAUCGAUGGCCAAGUCUGGUACGAGCUGGAUGAGAAGGCGUUCAGGGAAGACCUGCAGGAUUUGAAGAGGCAGCAGCCCCAAGCGAUUGCUGUGUCCCUACUCAACUCCUUCAGCAACAAGGUGCACGAGGAGAAGGUUCGGGACAUCUUGAAGGACGAGUUUGGUCCUGACGUCGAAGUUGUCACUUCCACCGAUGUGCUGCCGGAAAUCCAGGAGUACGAACGGACAGUCACUACAGCGGCAAAUGCGAUUGUCAAGCCAACAGUCAAGAAAUACAUGCACAAUCUCCAGAAGAUGCUGGCGAACGACACGGACACGAUCCGCAUCCUCAAGUCCGAUGGUGAUCUUACAUCAGUCGAUCUGGCAGGAGAGACCCCCGUACACAUCCUCAUGAGCGGUCCAGCAGGCGGUGUCAAAGCCGUUUCGCAUUUGGUUGCAAAAAAUACCCCUUUCAAAAACCUCAUCACAUUCGACAUGGGCGGUACAAGCACAGAUUGCGCGCUGCUCUCAGGUGCAGACCCUAUUAUUCGACGAGAAACCGAAGUCGGCCACUUGUCGGUCCGAGCACCAUCAGUAGAUGUACGAACAGUCGGUGCAGGUGGUGGCUCGAUAGCUGUUUAUAACGAAUUCACAAAGAACUUCCGUGUAGGGCCUGAAUCUAGCGGAGCGACUCCUGGACCUGCUGCGUACGGAAAGGGUGGAACACAAGCAACCGUUACCGAUGCCAACCUGACCCUUGGCUAUCUACCAUCAAAACUACUCGGAGGUAAAUUUGAGCUCAAUGUUGCUGCAUCAGCGGCCGCGGUCAAGUCGAUGGCCAAGCAGAUGGGCAUGGAUACCACAACAGCAGCUGAAGGCAUCAUCGAUCUUGUCAAUGAAUCAAUGCACGGCGCUCUCCGUCUUGUGUCGGUUGAGCAAGGCUAUGAUCCUCGCGACUUUGCCCUUGUUGCAUUCGGCGGAGCUGGCCCUCUCCACGCCAACUCGCUCGGAAAGCUCCUCGGUUCCUGGCCCGUCAUUGUUCCUCCUAGCCCAGGCGUACUGUGCGCUCAGGGCGAUGCGACCACCAAGAUGUCACACGAGCAGAGUUGCACAUAUAUCAAGGUCUUCUCUGAAAUCACCGCGGGGGACCUCACCAAGACCUUGAGUAAUCUCAAGGACAGCUGCGUGAAGACGAUGAAAAAGUCGCUCGCGAACGACGACGCCACCUUGAAGGUUGUAUAUCAGUCCGAUAUGCGAUACAAGGGCCAGGCGAUGACGCUCACCGUUGACUUCAGUGAAGACGAACUCAGCGACACACUAGGCCUUUUGGAAAUUCUCCAUUCAAAAUUCAACGAGGCGCAUAAUCAACAGUUUAGCUUCUCACAUGCGCAGGCUGAGAUUGAGACUAUGCGCAUGCGCGCCAAGGUUAUAGAUGCUUCCGAGGAGGUAGCUAUCAAGCCCAUCGAGAAAGCCAAGAGCUCCACACCACCGAAAGAUGCCAUCACCUUCAAGCAAGAUAUCAUUUACGAAGACAAGAAGGUCAAGGCUACCUUUUGGGACCGCACGAUGAUCACCAAAGCAGGCAUCAAGAUCCCUGGACCAGCUGUCGUUACUGAAAUGGAUUCCAACACUCUCAUCCUCCCUGGCUACUUUGGUGAAAUCGACUCCAUGGGGAAUAUUCUCAUCUGGCCUGAAGAGAAGACGGCUGAACAGAAGGCUGUUCACACAAAGCAGUCUGCCACCGAACUUGUCAAAGAGCAGCCCUUGAUUGCUACUCUCAUCGCGUCAGCGCUCGGCUCGAUCCGACGAGAGAUGGACACCCUCAUGCUCCGUUGUGCUAUGAGCCCAGCUAUUCGAGAACAGCAAGACGAGUUCAACGUCAUCACCAACACGCGCGGUCAGAUGUUAGUAGGCCAAUUUGGCAGUUUCAUCACACAGUUUUUGAACGGUUGGAAAGGGACAGUGGAAGAGGGCGACAUAUUCGUUACUAAUGACGUUUACCAAAUUGAUGGCGCUGUAUCACAUCUCAACGACGUCAUCAUCCUUCUUCCCAUCUACUUUGAGCACACGCUCAUCGGCUGGGCCGCCAACUUUGGCCAUUUAACCGAUGUACAAGGCAAAGUCCCUGGUUCUAUGAGCAUCAACGCUAGCACAAUCUACGAGGAUGGCUUACAGAUCCCCAUUGUCAAGCUCUAUGAUAAGGGCGUGUACAAUGAGGGGCUGGCGUCAGUAUUCUUUCGCAAUUCUCGCAAGCCUGAGUGGUUCCAGAGUGACCUUGUCGCUCUUGUCACUGCAUGUCGGACGGCCGCCACCCGAGUCAACGAACUUUGCCAACGCUAUGGUCUUGAGCUCUACGAAGCGGCAACUGAUUAUCUACUUGACCAGAACAAGAUCGCUAUUAAAACUAUUAUUGACGAGAAGAUCGGCCCCGAAAAAUCGAGAUUUACCGACUUCAUCGACGACGAUGGCCAGGGCGUCGGACCGUACGCCAUCUCCUGUUCGAUGCAGAAAGAAGGUGACAAGCUCGUCUUCGACUGGGACGGUACAUCGCCGCAGUCGAACACAUCUAUGAACUACUACCUCUCCAUCACCAUGUUCAAGAUGUUCAUCGGCUACUACCUCCUCGCUGUGUACGACCCCCACGCCGUAGUCAACGACGGCUUCCACGACCUCAUCGAUAUCAAGAUUCCUACCGGUACCAUUCUUCGCCCCGUCCGUCCUGCUGCGCUCAGCUGCCGCACACAUCUCUUAGGUCGCGUAAUGGACGUCAUGCAAGCCCUCUUCGGGCAACGCAACGCGGCGUAUAGGUGUGCAGCAGGCUUUUCUGACUCUCCACAUCUCUUCUACUCUGGUUUCAAGCCAGACGGCGAAUUCUACCUGCUCUACCAGAUUGGCUUUGGCGGUGUGCCUGCACGGCCUGUUGGCGAUGGUCCAGACUGCCAUUGCCUCUUCCCGGCUAUCAAGUCUAUUCCUGCCGAGAAUAUUGAGUUGUACUUCCCAGUCAUCCUUGAGGCUAAUGAAGCGCUGCCAGACUCGGGGGGUGCGGGAUACUUCCGAGGCGGUAAUGCGCAGCGCACACUAUAUAGGUGGCUUUGUGAAGGCGAUGUCAGCAUACAUGAUGAUAGGUGGAUGAUCAAGCCGUGGGGUGUAAACGGGGGCCUGCCUGGGUCGAGAUCGAGGAAGGUGCUCUAUAGGAAUAACAGUUAUGGCACGGGUAGAGAGAAGGAUAACAUAGAGCUUUGUCAGUCGAAGCAAGACUACAUCCAUGUCUAUCCUGGAGAUGUCCUUGAGUGGGUAACCUGGGGCGGCGGCGGUCUCGGCGACCCUCUGACCCGCCCGGCUACCAUCGUAGCGCAGGAAGUUCACCGGCGCCUCGUCACCAUAUCAGGCGCAGCGAAGAACUAUGGCGUUAUCGUUCGCUCCUCGGAUUUCACGGUCAACGAAGGCGCGACGACCGAACUUCGCCAGAAGAUGCGAGAAGAGAGGAAGAAGACGGGUCAUAGCGAUGAUAUGAGUAUCGACCGCGGCGGCACAGUACGAGAGCUCAUGGCCAAGUGUGAAGCGGAGACAGGUCUCAAGCCGCCGAGACCACAGUGGGACAAGGAUCCUUACGGCCCACACGUCGGGCUUCCCUAUGUCAAGGAAUGGUACAAAAAGAUGCGGGUUGGGGGCAUGGAUCUUUUCGACAAGGCGUGAUAAAAACCUCCGCUCGCUAUAACACUAACAUGACAUGUAUAUACGAAUUUAACGAUAUCAUAGACUUUCAACAAGUAUUCCAAGUCUCCUCUUUCACAACUUUCUCGAUCUUGCAAUCUGACCGUUUACCGUCUUUUUCGCCCAUC